AUGCCUGAAAAUAAUGAUGGUGCCAAAGUCUGCGCAGAAAAACAUGGGGAUAAUUGCAAUGAUGGGUCAGCUGGUUGCAUAAAUAAUGAGAUCAACAAUGGUGCUGAAGGAGAUGGUGCACACGUCUCAGGCAUAGGUGGGGCAGGUGCUGGAAACCUUGACGUUUCUGCUGUUGGAACCUUCAAAUCCUUCAGCCUUCUAACUUGGAUAUUUGGGGCUUCUGCUUUAAUCUUUUGGUAA